AUGAACUCUGACUCUGCAUUAAAUCAGUCGCUUCCUACAAACGAGGGGCAACAAUCGGAGACUCCUAUAUUGGACGUGGCGCCCUCUACAAAUCAAAGUCAAAGACCCAGACAUAACAGCAGUGCGCGAAAAAGAACCAACGACGAAAUCUACGGACCUGUUCAAACGCCAGUCAAAAGUCCAAAGACUGCCCGCUUUGACAAGUCUAAUAUAUCUGGUGGAAUGUCUGAGCCAGCAUCUCAGCCUUCUGAUGGCAAACUUGUCUCAGGCCAGGUGGUUCAGACAUCCCUCGUUGAGGAAGAACGCAAACCUGCCCAAAAAGCGGUACCAGUGUCAUCUCUAAGUGACAAACCCAGCCACUCCUUUGUUCAAGAUAUCAAGGACUACCAGCAAGAACUUGAACUUGAGUUUCAAACCUUUGAACGGUCUUUGGAAGAACGAGACCCGUCUACCGACUUGGAAGAUUUGGACUGGAACGAUCUUGAGGAACGUUACAAAAACGAAAUACAACCUCAUAUGGACUCAGAGCAAGAGAUCAUGAUUGAAUUCGGUUCUCGCUUCCAGCAAUUCAUGCUUUACAUGCAAGUUUGCAAUGAUCAGGAAUCAGAACGAGCCAUCAAAAGACUGAGAACCCGCAUUGCUGUUGUCCAAAAUUCAGAACAGUCGCUUGCCCAAAAGCAAGAACACCAUACAAAGGUGUUGGAAGCCUUCCAAAGUGCCAUGGCACUCCUGGGCAAACUUUCGUGA